AUGGAGACGGCUGGCGACACUGAAAAAGGAGUGCUUCGAAGCGACUGGAUUGGACCAGAGCCGGAGGAGGGGCUGCUCCGCGCGGGCUUGCUCCAGCUGGCGGAGGCCAUCGGCACGGAAAGGCUGCUGGAGUUUCCCCGACGAGCCAACGGAACGCCGCUGUUGACACGGCAGGGCUUCUUCGAGCGGCUGCUGAAGGGCGAGACCUCUCUCCUGGACUGUGCUGCUGCAGAUGCUUCUGCUGCCGAGGCAGAUGUCAAGAGGCUUGGAUUACACCAGCUCCUGGCGAUCCGAUGCAAGAACCUUGACCUCGGCCAAUCGGCUGCUGGGCGACAAGGUGCAAAGGCAAGCUUUCUGAGCCUGGUCGACCGCUGUACAACGUCGCUGCUGGGUCAGCGUCUGCUGGGAGCCGAGCUGGAGGCCCUGAGCGACGCUCAUCGAGCGCUACUUCUGCGUCACAUCGUACUGAUUUAUGGCGCUUCGCGGACCCUGGCAGCAACAGGCAGCGGUCACUGGGAUGGCUCCGUGGCAGACUGGUGGUUGUUGGCGGUGGGCGGGACGAGGAGGUAUCUGCAGCUCUCUGCCUGUCAGGUGCAGUCGAAGCCGCCGGGCGUUCCUGUCUGCUGCUACAGGAGCUACACCGCCCCGAAGCCGCAAGAUCCGAAGAGAUCCAGAAUUUUUCGAUGGCAAGUGCUGCUGGUCCAGAACCCUGCCAGUUGGAUUGAGGACCCACUCGCCACAGAGCAAAGAUCUCGACAACGCCGAAGUCUCACCGAUGCAAAGGCUUCCGGAUCUCCAGGAGCUGCCAAAGCUGCAGGUCCGAAAUCUGAGAAAGCAGAUGCACUGAGCAGUGGCUUCGAACUGUUCGGGGACUUCGAUGUGGAGGCGUUGUUCGACGACUUGGACGGUGACGAGGCCUACCGGCCAACCUCUGGAGCGCCCGGAGGUGCAAGUGUGCUGGAUGCAGACAGCUCCAUCGACGAUUUUUUCGAUUCCCUCUUGGACGACUCCUUCUCGGAUUUGAAGACAGGCGCAGCGCCACAAAUGGCCGCUCUCGCCUCGAAGGAGCCGGCAACAAGCGUGGUGCGAGAGAUCGAAACUGCAACGGCAAACGGGCCGUCCGAGUCAGGCUACCACCCGACAAAAUCCAUGCGCAACGAGGCGCGGCUGCGACUGGCGUUGACAAAGUUCUACGCCUCGCGAAAGACUGACAAGCUCAGCAAUCUCGACCGGAUUGUCGAGCGCUAUGCGGAAGGGAGGGUCGUGGAGCUUUGGGCACAGCUUGGAGUGAAGUACGCCUUGCCACCUGCAACCGCAGUACAGUGGCUCGCCAGCACCUUGGACAGUCGAAUCGCGGUGCAGUGGGACUGCCACGAAGUGCCGUCAACAGCGCAGCGCGUGCUGGACGAACUUAGUGGAGAUGUUGGAGAGGUGGAGAAAAGCUCGGCACUGAGGGCUUCGAUGGAGGAUGGGGACUCGGUCACUGCUGCGGCCGUCGCCUUCCGCCACGGCAGUUCUCGCACCGAACGCCCUGCCCUAUGGCGAGCACUCCUGGGCAGCGGGACCGUUGAGGAUGAGCCGACUCUACGUGAGAGGCGUGGUGCCUACCGAGAGUUGCGUUCCAGGAUGUUGACAGAUCUUGAAGCGCCGGCAGUGGAACAGCAGGAGACCACCCCGUCGAGCUCUUCUUCAUCCUGGCUGAAGGACUGGAGAAAAGAGGUCGAGGAUGAUCUCCGAAGCGCCUGGCCCGAAGAGACGUUCUCGCGAACUGAGGCGGCGAGAGCAGCUGUUUUGGUCGCCCUCACAUACUCUUGGCGAGUGUCGAGGUGUGUCAAGGGCGCCUGUGAGAUCGCAGGGCUGCUGGUCUUUGCUCUGAGCUCCGGGAUGCAGCGGGCGCAGCUCGAAGACGGAGAGGCUGAUGCCUUCUGGUGCCUCUCGCAACUUCUGGCAGACGCGCAGGAGACCAUCCUUGGAGAUGAUGCGCUGGCAGCACAGGCAAGACGACUCCUCAUCCUGCACCGCUGUUUUGACUAUCCAGUGGCCAAGUUGUUGGAGGAUCAUGGUCUUGUGGCGAUGCCUGCGUUAAGGCUUGGGGCUUUGCUUCUCUGCCGUGCUGGCUUCUCUCUGCUGCAAGCGGCACGCCUUUGGGACAGCAUAUUGGCAGACCCUCGACGGUUUCAGUUUGCCGACAACAUCGUCAUCGCUCUCCUACUGCUGAGAAGAGGCGAUCUUCUCCAGCGUGACGAUGUGGGCGGCUUGGCAGAGAGCCUGGUGACAGCGCCACAGACACUGGACUUCGACACAAUCCUGAGCACAGCGUACGCUGUAUGUGCAUUUCAGAGGCGACACGGUCCAGAUUCGGGUGCCCCAUACCCGCCUCGAUCAUCUGUACACUCCGCAGAAGGUGCACUGGACCUUGACAGCGCUGUGAACGCAGCGCAAGAAGGCUUGUCCUCCCUAUGGGGCAAGGCACGCGAACUGGCUGCCCGGAUGUCCCCAGAGUUUGCAAAGCGAGCUGCAACCGUGCAAUUGCAGGUACGUGCAGCAGGUGCAGGAUACUGGGAGGCUGCACAAGGGAGCCUUUAG